AAUGAUGCUUGUUAUAACUGGGUUGAAAUUGAGGUCAUGAUGCAGUCUGAUUUCAGGCAAGUCUCUAAAUUGAGCAAAUGACAUUAUCUGAUCUCAGUUGAGUUUAUAUAUUCUGUACCAGCUGCUGUCUGCUGACAGAUGAGUUGCAUUCAGCCUCCAUACUGCACAGCCAAGACAAUCCUGCAUCCGAUGCAUUUCUCACAUCAACCUGGAUGGAAAUUAGGCCUCCGCUUGCUUUCUGCAGUGGGUUAUCUGCGUUUCCCCAACAGUUCAUUACAGCUCGGUCGGGAUGUAAUGGAUAGAAGUCCUUUUCCCUGUCAGAGGAUAGUGAGGACAUCAUGUGUCAGCGAGCUCCAGCAGCACUAGCCUCAUGAUGAGGAGGAGGAUGAUGGGAAGCUAUCUGCUAACGCAACGAUGUUUUACUGCAAUUAAACGUCUAACGUCAACUCAUCCAUGCUCUCGAUUUUACCUCAUUUAACGGGACGCCGCUCAAUUUUACCGAUCGAUUUUCAAUCACUGUUUCCUUAAAGAGACGAUUUUAUAAAGACUUGCAGAAAUUUGGACUUAGCUUCGCUAGCUAAGCAGCUGUUGGCUUGACUGUCAUUGGAUAUUUUCAGCAAACGGGGGAUUUACAGCAAAAUAAGACACGGAUGCUGAUUGUCAAUGAGACAUCUGGAGUCCUGAGGGAAUGAAUUCGCUGAGCAGAUUAAAAGACACAUUUUAAUAAUAAUAAUAAAAAAUGAAUAGAUAAACGCUCGUGUAUCUAACCUUAUAUGUUUAGAUGACUGGCCACUGCCCAGCAAACAUUUAUCCGGCGACCAAAAAUAAAACUUAACCACGUAAACUAAGAUCUAAAAACCAACAUCACAGCAAUGGCUGAAGAGGCGUUUCCUUUGCAUUAUCUGGUGUGGAACAAUCAAUAUCUAGAACUGGACCGAGAGCUUCAGGAAAAGCAGCAUGACACAGGGCGGCUGGAUCCGCGCGGGCGCACGCCGCUCGAGCUGUCCGUGUGUCUCGGGCACCUGGAGUCCACGCGCGUGCUUCUGAGACACAACGCGGAUCCGGCGCACAGCAACACACAGGGAUGGACAGUUUUGCAGGAGGCAGUGAGCACUGGAGACCCUGAGCUUGUGCAGCUGGUUCUUCAGUACAGAGACUUCAAAAGAGCCACAGAGAGACUGUCUGGUAUUCCUGAGCUGCUGAGCAAACUGAGACAGGCACGCGAUUUCUACGUGGAGAUGAAAUGGGAAUUUACUAGCUGGGUUCCUCUAGUGUCGAAAGUUUGUCCAAGCGACGUGUAUCGUGUAUGGAAAAGUGGUUCCUGUCUGAGAGUUGACACCACUUUAUUAGGCUUUGAGCACAUGACUUGGCUUAAGGGCAGACGCAGCUACAUCUUUAAGGGUGGAGAGAGUGGGGCUUUGGUGAUGGAGGUGGACCACGAGAAGCAGGUGGUGUAUACAGAACCUCUGUCUCCACGGGAUGCUCCCUCUCUGCUCGCCGCCAUGCUGCCCUCGCAGGAGAACACAGCCCAGAGACUCACCUCUCCUAUAGUGUCCACUCAUCUCAACACACGCAACAUUGCCUUUGAGAGAAAUAUGUCAGGGAUUUGGGGAUGGCGCUCUGAGAAGACGGAGGCUGUCAGUGGAUAUGAAGCAAAGGUUUACAGUGCCAUUAAUGUGGAGUUAGUGACACGUUCUCGGACUGAGCACCUUUCUGACCAGGACAAAUGUAGGAGUAAAGGAUCUAGAACUCCUCUACAGUCAUUGCUUGGGAUUGCUGAGCAGCACAUCUCUAGUCCUGGGAGUCAGGUUUCUCAGUGCGCUAGUCCCCAUAACCCAACAGCUAUCACAGCGGAGGAGUACUUCGAUGAAGAGUUUAAUCUGAACGGCAGAGAUAUCGGGCGGCCCAUUGAGCUCACCAGCAAAGUGCAGAGGUUUAAGGCCACACUGUGGCUGAGUGAAGUUCAUCCUCUAUCGCUGGCUGAGCAGGUGACGCCCAUCAUUGACCUCAUGGCCAUAUCUAACGCCCACUUUGCCAAGCUGCGUGACUUCAUCAGCUUACGCCUGCCACCUGGCUUUCCUGUAAAGAUAGAAAUUCCUCUCUUCCACGUGUUGAAUGCUCGAGUGACAUUCAGCAAUCUGUGUGGCUGCGAUGAACCGGUCAGUUCUGUUACUGUACAAUCUCCUCAAGGAGCCACAGAGGCAGGUCAGACGCCUCCCCCUCUGCAGUGUGAAGUCGAUCCGUCUGUGUUUGAGCCUCCCCCAGAAUACACCACACUUGGACCAGGCCGCAGUGAACCGAUGAGGGAUGAGGAUGAUAAUUUACUCCAGUUCGCCAUUCAACAGAGCCUGCUGGACGCGGGAACAGAGAGUGACCAGGUGACCAUAUGGGAGGCUCUCACUAACACUCGUCCAGUUUCUCAGCCUCCGCUUUAUGAGGAGGACUCUCAGCUUGAGAGGGCGAUUCAGGAAUCUCUGUGUUUGUCGCUGGCUGGAGGAGAGAGUGGCGAGUCCGAUGCCCUCCUCCCUUUCUCCCCGUCUGAUCCCGCACUCAUCUCACCUCCGUCUUACAGCUCACUGACCGAGCCUCGGGCGCCGGGAGCAUUUGCUGUGGCCACCAGUUUUGAUGAACAGCUACGCAUUGCGAUGGAGCUUUCCUGCAGAGAACAGGAGGAGCUAGACAGGAAGAGGAGGGAAGAGGAGGAAGAGCUGGAGAGGAUACUACAGCUGUCUCUAACGGAGAAGUAACUGUAGCAUUGAUGUGGGUUUAACACAGUAAUUUAUUGGUUGUUUUUUUUUCUGCAAUGUUAAAUUAUUCUUCUCCUUGAUUCAUCGCUCUUUAUUUCUUUCCCAAAUUAAUAAAGAUGGAACAGAAAGAGGAAUCGGAGAGUGUGUGUGUGCCGCGACUGAAACGAUUUAUAAGCUAAUCAAAGAGCAUGAACGAUAUCCUCUCAGCUCCACUGUCUUUUGAGUGAUAAAAGGUCAACUUCAUUAGAUUAAAAUGUGAAUAUAAAUUAUGAACAUUGAUGACUAUGAUAAUGCAUAAAGGUAAAGUACUGAAAAUAUGAUUGCAUAAGCUAAUGAGUUUUCUUAUGGUGGAUGAUAAUAACAAGUAUUAAAGUAUUAAGUAUUAAAUGUUGUUACUCAAACACUUUUACAGCAA